GAAGAUUCGGCCGAUUCCAUGUUCCCGCGCUUCGCUGAUCUGCGUAGGGGUCCGUGGGUUGAGGGACCGAGCUUCAACGCCUCAGCAGUGCGCCCAAUGGGACGGUCUAGUGGCAAAACGACGCCUUCGUUGGGGAGGGAAUCAGGGGCAUGGGGUUGCGACUCAUGCAAAGCCUGAGACGAUCCCAAGUAUUCGCUACCGGGGGCCCGAUAAAUAACCUGUCGGAUCGACGUUGAGACCCACUCUACCCCGACUUGCGGCACGGACCUUGGGACGGCCGAGACAGGAGAUAUGAGAUGCCUCACUCCCGCUGUUCCCUCUGCCCGGAAGUCGAUUGUGUUUUUGGAUCUCCUUCUAUUGUUUUUUCCUUCUUUACAUUCGUUUUAUUAUCCCCCACCCCGUUUUUGUUCUUUCUCCCCCCUCUUUUCCCGGGAGUCAACCUCCCUGGUUAUUUCACACACCAUGGAUUCCGCCACCUUGGAAGGGUGCUCCGAACCGGCCCUACUACCGACGGAGGAAGACUACGGCCCGCAUCUGAACCGCACGAUAUGGAUCUUGACGACUCUCUCGGCGUUGUUCCUGGGUUUGCGGCUGUAUUGCAAACAUUGGAGGUGUCGAUCACUGUGGUGGGACGACUACGUCCUGGUUUUGAGCUGGGUUGCUCUCGCUGUCUCGGCGUCGCUGCAGUCGGUCUGCGUCAGUCUCGGGCUCGGCAAGGCCAAUGGCGACAUCCUGCCGGACAACUUUACGCUGGUGGUCAUAUACUCGUACGCGGCGGGGUUUGUCUCGGUCCUGGCGACAGUGUGGAGUAAGACGUCGUUUGCAAUGACUCUGCUGCGCAUCUCGAACGGCUGGGUGAAGAAAUUUGUCUGGUUCAUCAUCAUCACCGUCAACAUUGUGCUGGGCCUCAACGCUACAUUCCAGUGGAUCCAAUGCUGGCCGGUUCAGAGGCUGUGGGAUAUCAACGUGGAGGGCUCGUGUUGGACGAGCAGCAUGGUUCAACAGUACAACACCUUUACGUCUGCUUAUUCGGGUGCGAUGGAUAUCGUGUUGGCAUUACUCCCGUGGAAGAUCAUCUGGAAUGUCGCAAUCAACAAGAAGGAGAAGGUUGGCGUGCUAUUCGCAAUGAGCAUGGGCGUUUUUGCCGGCAUCACGUCCCUGUUGAAGAUUGCCACCCUUUCGGCCAUUGGAAAACCCGAGAUCUCCCCAACCGUGGACCUGUUCAUCUUCGGCACGGCAGAAGGCGCCAUCACAAUCAUCGCUGCAUCAAUCCCGAUUCUUCGAGCUCUCAUCCAACGAGAGGGUCAACCACCGCCAGCGCGAUUCGUCCAGCUCCACGAAGGCCGAUGGGUUACCUCGCAGCGUCUGCGGGAAACGAAGAAAGACAUCGUGGGAUGGCAAGGAGACACAGACACGGACAUGGAAGUGGCCUUGGGACGGUCACGUUUCUGGAGGCGGAACCCAGCCGCUUCAUGAGGAUGUAUACCUAUGUGCGAUUUGUUUUGAAGCCUGCAGGAGAUGGGCUCGUUUGUAAGACUAGAAGUCAGGAUACCUACGGCGUUCAGCGAGGGGUCACAAUCAAUUUUUUUCUUGUUCUUCUUCUCUUGACCACCAAAAACAUCGACGAAAAGGGCCAAGGCGGGCAGCCGAAAAUCGCUGAGCUUCCAUGGCUGCUUGGCGGG